UUGGCCUGGUGCGGUUCCGCUCGCGAUUUUCCUUAGUUUUCCCACUCGCGACGCUAAAAAAAUAUUGGACACACGACGACACGCAAAGUGGAAAGCAGGCUGAAAAAUGCUCUGCCCGGGGGAAAAUGUAAAUGUAAAUGGCCAAACGGGUUUCACAGUCAAGGUCGUCGCUUCCGCCCAACGACACCGAAUACCGUUAUUAACGCGAAAUUCCGUCUGUCACCCACUGCUCAGUUUGUUCAUAUUGAUGAUAGUGAUUAUGUCGUCUUCGCUGGAUGCCCUGGUCAUUGACAAUGAUGGAAUAAUCAGUAACCAGACUCGGCACCGUCGCUCGACCUCCGGAGCACCGGUUGCUGCAACUCCAGCCAGUUGCAUGCAAGAUGCGCGUUUCUACCGGAAUCCAAACAGGCCGGUCCACAAGAUCUGGACGAACAGUGAGUGCGCCAAGUAUUUCCUCUGUCUCGAUGGCGAGGUGUUCGAGUUCAAGUGCUCCGAGGGACUGCUCUUCGAUGUGGUGCGUCAAAUCUGUGACUUCAAGGCAAAUGUGGAUAAUUGCGAUGUGAGUGCGGAGACACCGGCUCCGAAACCACUUCUGGAAAUGGCCGACUGUGCGGAUGAAUACCAACUGGGUUGCGCCGAUGGCACCUGCCUGCCGCAGGAGUACUUUUGCGAUGGGUCGGUGGAUUGUCCCGACGGUUCCGACGAGGGUUGGUGCGAUGUGGAGCACGACCCCAAUGCGGCGGGAGCUUGUGAUCCCCGGAAUUGCCAGUUGCCUCAGUGCUUCUGCUCGAAGGAUGGCACCCAGAUACCCGGAAAUAUUCCGGCGCAGAGUGUUCCGCAGAUGAUCCUGCUGACCUUCGAUGAUGCCAUUAAUCACGAUAAUUGGGAGCUGUUCUCAAAGGUUUUGUUUACCCAGAACAGGAGAAAUCCCAAUGGGUGUCCCAUAAAGGGCACAUUCUAUGUCUCCCACCCGUUUACGAACUAUCAGUAUGUGCAAAAGCUGUGGAACGAUGGACACGAGAUUGCUGUGCACUCAGUCACCCACCGCGGGCCCGAGAUGUGGUGGUCGAAAAAUGCCACAAUUGAGGAUUGGUUCGACGAGAUGGUUGGCCAGGCGAACAUCAUCAAUAAGUUUGCAGCUGUCCGAAUGGAGGAGAUUCGGGGAAUGCGCGUUCCCUUUCUUCGCGUCGGCUGGAAUCGUCAGUUCUUGAUGAUGAAGGAGUUUGGCUUCGUGUACGAUUCUUCCAUGGUGGCGCCACACUCGAAUCCUCCCUUGUGGCCCUACACCUUGGACUACAAGAUGCCGCACAGCUGUACGGGAGUGAAUCAAAAUUGUCCUUCUAGAAGCUACCCGGGCAUUUGGGAACUGGUGAUGAACCAACUGGAGGCGGGCGAAUAUAUGUGCGGUAUGGUGGACAGUUGCCCGCCGCAUUUGAGUGGCGAGGAUGUCUACAGAAUGCUGACGCACAACUUCAAGAGGCAUUACCUCAGCAAUAGGGCGCCCUUUGGCCUGUAUUUCCAUUCCACUUGGUUCAAGAAAAUCGACUACCUAAAUGCUUUCUUGAAAUUCCUUGAUGACCUGCAAAAGCUGCCGGAUGUGUACUUUGUGACCAAUCAGCAGGCGAUUCAGUGGAUGCGCCAUCCAACGCCCAGCAAUCAACUGCAUCAGUUUGAGUCCUGGCACUGCCAGCCCAAGGAUUUGGAUCCCCAUGAGCAAGUGUGCAACCUGCCCAAUGUCUGCAAAGUGCGGAGUAGAGUGCUCCAGGAGGAUCGUUUCUUCUACACGUGCAUGGAGUGUCCUGCCCAGUAUCCCUGGAUUCGCAAUGAGUUCGGUUUGGACUAAGGUGAUAGCCCACAAAACACUUAAGUGCCUGUAGAUUGUUGGUAUGGCUUCUACACAAUAUUUGAGGUGGUCAAAUUUCGAGAUAUAGGUGUCUAACAUUUUAGAAAAAAUAUUUAUUGUUUUGAUUGAUAAGAGCUAAGAAAAUUUACUUUACAAGGAGCAAAUAUUUGGUUUUAAAAUCAAGCUUCAACAAAAUAUUAACAAAAUUUCAAUCAACAUAGAAAACAUUUCGUUUAAGGAAAACCCAAAUGUUAUUUAGAAGUCUAAACCAUUUUCGCGGGCUGACAAAUGCUGUACUUCGUGGCCUAGUAUAACUAGAUUUAAGAAAUAAUUUAUACGUAUGUCUCCGCUAAAUAUAUUUAAAUGAUUUCCACAAA